AUGUCGGCUCCAGCCUCAAGCAACGAGACCGCAGCUCAGAAGACCCAAGUCAAGAGCGUAGAUAUGACGGAAGAGAUGGAGGCCGAAGCUCUCUCAAUUGCCAAGGCAGCCGUCCUCACAAACAACGUCGAGAAGGACAUUGCCCAGUACAUCAAGAAGGAAUUUGACCAAAAGCACGGCAACACAUGGCACUGCAUUGUCGGCAGGAAUUUUGGAAGCUUUGUCACCCACGAGACUAAGCACUUUAUAUACUUCUAUGUCGGCAACCUCGCUGUCCUCCUCUUUAAGACCGCAUAA